AAAAUAAUACGAAAAAAAAAAACGAAUGAACAGAAUCAGAAAGUGAAUCUAAAUCUGAAGCGAAAUCAGGAUCACCAGGAUACGCAGAGUUAGCGGCGGCAUUGUCAGUCAGUUUUUGCUUAACAACAACAACAUGACUGAUAGGGGCAACAGCUGGUCUAGCUGCUUCUAUCAACCAAGAUUCAUCUGCUACUGCUGCUGCAACCAAUUUGUAUAUUGAUCGGCCAUGUCACCGCAGAAUUGCUUCAACUUUGACUCUGAUUGCUGGCAACAAAUGUUUGCCUAAAAACUAAUCCUAUGACUCUGGAAUCAAAAAUAUUGCCAAUAACAACAACGACAACCACAUAGACAAACAAUUGGCCGCAAAGAGAUUGAAUAAAUCUAAAUCUAAUAAAGUUAUUGAAAACCAAUUACAAAUUGCACACAAAUAUCAUCAAAAAUGGAUAAAAAAUCAAAAACGAAAUCAAAAACGAAAGGUCUCAAGGCUAACAAAGAGUCGAGCACUCACUUGGAUGUGGAUCUAUGGGAGCAAAACGAAGAUCGUUUCAGCACCAUUGACCUGCCAAUGGCAAGAGAUGGCAAAAUGCUUGCAACUGCAACAGUGACACCAACAGCAACAGCAUCAGCAUCAGUAAAUGCUGCAACAUCCGCUUCGGGAAGCAGUGCCGGGGGUGGUUGUGCCAAAGGUCUCGUUGUGGUUUGUCCAGCCAGUGCUGCGGCAUUGAGCAAAGAGAAGGAGAAGCAGAAAGAGAAGGAUAAGGAUAAGGAUGUAUCCACAAUGCCGGUGGUCCAAAUGAGCACUACACCCACAGCCAUUAGCAUUGCGGGAUGUGCAUCGGGCACAGCUUUGGUCACAUUGGAUACCAGUGUGGGUGGUGCUGGCGGUGGUGCAGGCGGUGUAGAACCAGAGCGUGGCAAUUGGACAGGCCGUUUUGAUUUUCUUCUCUCGCUGCUGGGUUACUCUGUCGGCCUGGGCAAUGUCUGGCGAUUUCCCUAUUUGUGCUACAACAAUGGGGGAGGCGCCUUUCUCAUACCAUUCACCAUCAUGCUAAUUAUAGCUGGACUACCGCUGAUGUUUAUGGAAUUAUCUUUUGGCCAGUAUGCUGCUCUGGGCCCGGUGGCCAUUUAUAGACGAUUCUGUCCAUUGUUUCGUGGCUUGGGCACUGGCAUGAUUCUGGUUUCGGCCAUUGUAAUGCUCUAUUAUAAUCUGAUUAUUGCAUGGACCAUUUUCUACAUGUUUGCCUCGUUUCGCACUCAAUUGCCGUGGCAGAAUUGUGAGCUGGAAUGGAGCACGGAACAUUGCUUCUCCUACGUCCAGGCCGAUCAAUGUGAGGCAUCGAAUGGUACCUAUUACCUGCGUACCUGCUAUAAUUCCAGUGCCGCAGAGGAGAACAACAUCACCGAAAUGGCUUUGCAUGCUUUGAAACGACCACCAGCCGAAGAGUACUUCAACAACUAUGUCUUGGGCCUGUCCAGUGGCAUUGAGGAAACUGGCAGCAUUAAAUACUCCCUGGCUGCCUGUCUACUGCUCGCCUGGGUCAUUGUCUUUCUUUGCCUUUGCAAGGGCGUGCAGUCCUCUGGCAAAGUGGUCUAUUUCACAGCUCUGUUUCCCUAUGUGGUAUUGGUUAUCCUGUUCGUAAGAGGUGUCACUCUACCUGGAGCGAGCACGGGCAUAUUGUUCUACUUGACACCCGAUUGGAAGCAACUGGCCAAUGCUCAGGUCUGGGGUGAUGCCGCUGUUCAGAUAUUUUUUGCAUUGAGCCCCGCCUGGGGUGGUCUGAUUACAUUAUCAUCGUACAACAAGUUCUCAAAUAAUUGCUACAAGGACGCUCUAAUUGUGGCCGUUUGUAAUAUUGCCACAUCAUUCUUUGCCGGGUUGGUGAUUUUCUCGAUUAUUGGUUUUCUGGCCCACGAACUGGAUGUGGAGGUGAAAAAGGUUGUGGAUCAGGGCGCUGGACUGGCCUUUAUUGUCUAUCCGGAGGUGGUGACACGUUUACCCAUCUCACCCGUUUGGUCGAUACUGUUCUUUGUCAUGCUGCUGACACUUGGAUUAGAUUCACAAUUUGCUCUAAUGGAGACCGUAACCACUGCCAUUUUGGAUAAAUUUCCAAAUUUGCGACAAUGCAAAAUCUGGGUUGUAUUGGCUGUGGCCAUAUUUGGCUAUAUUGGAGGUCUGGGAUUCACCACGAAUAGUGGCAUGUAUUGGCUACAAUUGAUGGAUAAAUAUGCAGCCAACUGGUCUGUUUUGCUUAUUGCCAUAUCGGAAUGCGUUUUAAUCGCCUGGAUAUAUGGCUCGCAACGUUUCCUUAAUGACAUACAAGGCAUGAUUGGGAAGAGGUCACGUUUCUGGAAUUGCUUUUGGGGCAUCAUGUGGCAGUAUAUAACACCGGCCACAUUGCUGUUCAUUUUAUUCUUCAACUGGGUGGAAUACAAGCCCGCUCAAUAUGGUCACUAUAUCUAUCCAUUCUGGGCCGAUGCAGUGGGCUGGACUAUUGGUCUGCUGCCCGUAUGUGUCAUCUUUUUGGUGGCCUUUCAACAAUUUUGUCAGGCUCCCAGUCAUUUGAGUAUACGGGAACGUCUCAAGCAUUUGCUACAGCCCACUGCAGAAUGGGGACCCGCUGGUCGACCUUGUGUAAAUUUACAUGCCGAACGCUAUCAGAGCCAGAAUUACGAUGGAGUGACCAACACUCAGAUUUUGAUCAGCAAUCCAGGUAAUCCCCCCGACUCGGUGCUUCCCUAUGAUGAUGUGGGCAAUGGCAACAGUAAUGGCAACGGCAAUUUCAACGGCAACACCUACCGCGAUGAGGCAAUGCAAACGGUGGUGGACGUUGAUGCCUUGCCAGUGGCAACAGUGGGCAAACUGCCAGGACCGAGCAUACUUAAGACCUCGGCCAGACACAGCAGCAAUCAACAACAGGCUCAACAGGCCGAGAACGGUAAGCACAAGGUCCAUGCGGAGGUAAGUCCCAGCAAGCAGCCGCUUAUCCAGCCGGAAAGUGAAAGCGAACAAACUGCCAAAAAGGAUGCACCAGUUGUACCAGCUACUUCUGCCGCUCCUGCCACCACCAAAGUGUUUGCCACCGGCACAAUGAGUAGUGGCCGUGAAUGUUCCACCAUGUCUACAUUUGCCAAUGCCAAUGGUUCGGCAGCAACAACACCGCCAGCAGCUCCAGCAGCAGCAACAGAUGCCAAAGUAACUUCACCUGCAUCUGCUCUCAACAACACAACAGCAAUAACUUCUGCCAAGACGGCAGCAACAACAACAACAACAGCAGCAGCAGGAGCCAUUUCUGCUGGCAUCAAGUCAACACCAGCAACUGCAACUACCGUAACCAAAAAUGUGUCUGGCACAAAGCCAACUCCUGCUUUGUCCACAUUCAUGCCAGCAAUAAAAACAUCAGCAACUGUUGCAGGCCCAUCAACAGCAACAACAGCAAAUCAAAAGUCACAAGUUGUAUCGGUCAUCAAUGCAUCAAUUAUAUCACAGCCAAUGCCAACUAUUGUUCAAAAUACAACAAAACCGGCGACAACAGUUGCCAGUGUGACAGCAAUAUCGGUGAAAUUGACAACAGCAUUAGCACCAACAACAACAGCAGCAGAACCUUCGGUAAAACAGAUAACCGAAAAAACUAUAACAACAGCAGCAAUCAGUAUUAAGCCAGUAACCACAAUUAACAAACAGCCAGCAACAUCUGUCGCAGUAACUACAACAGCAACAUCAAUUGCUAAACCUUCAGUAACAGCAAGUACAGCAGCAACAUCAGCUGUUAAGCCUUCUGCAAUAGCAAACACAGCGGCAACAUCCUUAACUAAACCAAGUAGCACAACAACUUCAGCAGCUAAACCAACUACAACAGCAACAUCAGCGGUUAAACCAUCUACAACAGCAACAUCUUCGGUAAAAUCAUCAACAGCAGCAGCGCCAUCUUCUGGAAAAACAUCAACGGUAGCCGCAACAAAAGUCCCAACUCAAAAAUCAGGAAACGACAAGGCGCAAACUAACAAAAACCCCACAGCAACAUCAACAACACCAUCAACAACAACAACAACAAAGCCAAGUGGCAGCAAUAUGUCACCAAAGGUCAUCAAGGGAAAUACCGCUAAACCCACAAUAACAACAACAACAACAAGUCCUACAAAGACCACGGUCAAAUCCUUUAAGCCACCAGCAACAACAAGCCCAACAAAAGCCACAAGCAAAUUUACAGCAGCAACAUCAAACAGUGGACAAAAUCAGGCGGUCAAAACGAAAGCAACUACAUCAAAAAAGUAAACUAUAGCAAAAUGGUAGUUCCGAAAUCGAAAAUAAAACUAUUUUUGUA